GAUUUCCUGCUUAGUGAAGAUAAAUCAGUGUUUCCUCUUGUUAUUAAGGCAAUCAUGAAGAAACUUGGACAGAUAUCAUCUGGGAAAUGGCACGUACUGCGACAUAAAGUGGAAACUCACAACAUUCCUGUUGACUAUGGGUUCUCUGUUCGUAGUUAUUCACUCAUGCAACUUGUCAAGGUUUGGGCUAUUACUGCCGAACAGGAACAAAUUAACAAAAUAUUAGAAAACCUCUCGAUAGUACAUCAGGAGAUUAAGUCUUCUGAAGACAAUUUGCACAGCUCACAGAUAGAUGAUGAUAAAUUGCUAGACGUUCAUAAAAUGCUAGUUACAAAUAAGUUUGUUCCCUUGUCAAAGGUAAAUCAAGUCGCUAUAUUCUUAGGUGGUUUUGAUUUUACUUUCCAAGUAUCCAAGAAAGA